CGUACAUCAUAUUGUAAUAUAUAAUUUGUAAGUAGUCAGGAAGUACUGAAAAAUGUCUUCGGGUUAAAGAAAGAAACAAUUAUCGUGAUUUACAAAGCAAACAAAGCAAUGGAUUUUGAUAACACGUCAUCACGUCUAGCCGAACUUAAUCAUGCCGAUACGUUGCGACAUAUACCGAUAGCCGUGUAUCUUGGUUUAGUAGGAUUCACGGGAUGUAUUGGAAAUUUAAUAGUGUGUUAUAUUUAUGGAUCAGUCUAUACCCAAUCAAAUUCCAGAAUUUUCUUGCUUUGUCUAGCUGUAAUAGACUUGUGCACUUGCGUCAUAGAUAUUCCAUUGGAAAUUAUAACAGUACUUAACCAAUAUAAUUUCCAAGAGUCGUUGCUAUGUAAAUUUUCAAGAACAGGAAAUUCAUUUACCACUCUGUAUGGUAGUGCAGUAUUGCUUGCAAUUGGAGUUGACAGAUAUUUGAAAAUAUGUCGACCGACAGGAUUUCAGAUUUCGAACAGGACUGCCAAAUUACUCUGUAUUGUCUUGUUUUGUGGUACAGUUGUUCUAGUUUGGCCUGCAUUUGUUAUGUACGGCUUGAGAACCACCGUUAUCCAGGGUGAAGGACUGAAUGGAACGGAAUGUUCGAUAUCAGAUUUCUAUCAAGAUUCCGUUUAUCCAACAGUUUUUCAGAUUUUAAUUUUCAUUUUGUUCGCUGCGUCGUUAUGCAUUAUGAUUGUUAUGUAUACUAUGAUAGGGAGAAAAGUAAGAUUCUUUGCUUUUAAACAUGAACGACGACGUAGUCAGUCUAAUACAUUGGAUAGCGACGAUCACUUAGACGAUGUUCCUAAUCUAAAGAGAUUACAGCGAGUUGAGAAUUCUAACGCUGCAGAAAAGAACGAGUAUGUUAACAUGUCACAAAGUAACAGUAAAGACACUGUGUUCAAAGACAGUUAUAGCAAUGUUAACACGGAUACUUUGAAAUCCAUGGAUUCACAUACCACUGAAAUCGGGACAAUUGAGAGAAAGAAACGAUUUGUGCAUCAACCAUCUACUACCCAACUGGAUCAGAUAAAACGUAGAAGAAAGCUUGCACGAAAUACAACAUAUCUGAUGUUCAUUGUAACGUUUUCAUUUAUUAUUGCAGGUCUGCCUCAUUUAAUUCUUAUAAUUCUGAACAGAAUCAUUGACAACUUCGUGUUAGAUAUGAAUGCAGGUGGUAAGGUCGUUUAUAGGUUUUUCUUGCGAUCAUAUUUCCUCGGUGCAACUGCAAACCCAAUCAUAUAUAGUAUAUUUGAUAGGAGAUUUAGAAACGCGUGUAAAAGUGUAGCUAGGAAAUUGAAAUCAAAAGUGUGCAGAAGAGAGGAGCAUGAUGUAUAAUGAACAUAUUUAAUUUUCGAACUGCUCGUUGUUCAUGAUUUGCUCUUUAUCUAUUGUACAUUUAACAUGCAUUUAAUACUAAUGAAAUAACUGGCCUGACUGAUACUGGUGUAUACAUUGCUAAAAUAAAAAACAAAAAUCUACACCUCUUAUAACAUGAUGUCUAUGGUAGUAUAAAAACCUGAUUCCAGAAAAAUUCUAUGAAGAUGUGUCGUAUAUAUGAUUGUCCUACUUUGUGUCUGUAUGUGAAUCAAUGAAUUCAACAUUAAUUUACAUAAUAAACUGACCAUAUAUACUA